CACACAGCCGUAGUCGAUGCCGGGACACUGGAGGACCGCGGGCACCGGUCAUCCCAGCGACACCACUGGCGCUGGGAUAUAGGAUUGUGCCGAGAUCGGGCCUGCUUAGGGAUCGUGCACCGAAUUGGCGGCUGAUCUUACAAUGUAACCGUCUUAUGUUUCGGUUUGGAGAAACGCUGGGAAGAAGAGGUGUACAAUGAAGGGUUGACCUAAUGCAGUUGGACUUCAGCUGCAGGCCAAUAGCAGAGAGAGGAUUUUCCUAUUGGGAUUUUCUUGCACAUCCUACACCAUGGCGACCGAUACUCUGCAACAGGAUGACCUGGGGGCACUCGCAAAGCUCCGUGUCAAAGAUUUUCUUCAGCAUUUCCAGAUGAUCAAACAAGGCGCUGAAUCCAAAAUUUACAGGGGACAUUUCCUUGGAAAGCCAACCGUUGUGAAAGAGCGGUUCCCCAAAUCUUACCGUCACUCUGCUCUGGACAAGAAACUCACGCAUCGCAGGACUGUUCAAGAAGUACGAUCUCUCCUCCGGUGCAGGAAAGCUGGUAUUGCAACCCCUGUGGUGUAUUUUGUGGACUACAAUGCAAGUUGUAUCUACCUUGAAGAUUUAGUUGGAGCUAUAACCGUCCGUGACUACGUAGCUUCAGUCCAGAAGUCAAAACAGGAUACAGAACAACUUUUUCCCUUGGCUGAAAAAAUUGGCCUGAUCCUUGCACGAAUGCAUGAUGAGGAUGUUGUUCAUGGGGACCUCACCACUUCCAACAUGAUGAUACGUCAGCCUGAGAAACAGUUUAGAUUGGUACUAAUUGAUUUUGGACUGAGUUUUAUCUCUGCUCUGCCAGAGGAUAAAGGAGUUGACCUUUAUGUGCUGGAGAAAGCAUUUCUGAGCAGUCACCCCAAUACAGAAAGCGUGUUCCAAGUCAUCCUGACAAGCUACUCGAGCGCUUCCAAGAAGUCAGCUCCUGUAAUAAAAAAGCUUGAUGAAGUUAAACAGAGAGGACGGAAGAGGUCAAUGGUUGGAUAGUGAUAUUUUUUCUUUUUAUUUUCUUCUCUCCAUUUAUAUGUACAAAUCUUUCGCACAAUAAAUCUUUGUAAUUCCAUUUA